CAUUGUGGAGCAAGCAUGCCCCCAAGUAGAUGUUUGCGCUUGGCCGCAGAGCAGGCGUCCACUUCUAAACGCUUCUGCAUUCUCUGGUGUCAGAUCGGAUCCGAUCCAUUUAUUGACUUGUUUUGGGUCAUCCAAAAUGGACAGACACCUUUGUGUCAAGCGAAGAAGGGCCGGGGAGCCCCAAUAGUUCCUCUUCUGCUUCGAGGGUUUCGACUUUGGGGAAGACAGAGAAGAGGAAGAAGAAGAAUGAGUGAAGAGCUGAGCAUCGACGAGCUUGCCUCGAAUCUCUCCACCUACAAGGAACAACUCCACCAGGUGAAAAAGCUCUUAGAAGAUGAUCCGGAAAAUUUCGAGUACAGAGACAUGGAGAAAGAACUCCAAGAGGUCAUUUCUUUGACCGAAGAAUUGCUGUCAACAGCCAAAAAGUCAGAGUUGACAGGGUUGGCCACUAGUAUAGAUGCAGAUGCUAGUCCUGACCUCCACGAGGUGAAUGAGACAUCUUCAUUUGAAAGGGCAUCAGGCAUUUUUUCUGGGUCAUAUGAGCGACUUCCUGUUGGCUCAAAAGUUCAAGCUGUGUGGAGUGAAGAUGGAGAAUGGUAUGAUGCUACGAUUGAUGCUGUUACGGCAAAUGGAUAUUCUGUAUUCUAUGAUGGUUGGGGGAACAAAGAAGAGGUUGAUCCGGACAAUAUAAGGCCUAGACAAGAAGGAAAUGUUGAUGCUUUGGUGGAAGCUGAAAGAGAAGCUGAAGCCACCAAACAGGCCAUAAAAAGAAAGAUUGCUCAAGCAGCUGGCACAGAUGUCUUUUCCCGAACUUUACCUGCCAAGCUUCGCAUUGAGCCUAAUGACCCUGAAGAUGUGAAAGCUGCUAAGAGAAAGAAGAUACACGCCUUCAAGUCAAAGGUUCGCCUCGAGCAGCUUGAGGUAACCCAAAACAAGAGACAAAAUGCCUGGCAGCAGUUCCAAAUGAGCAAAGGUCAAACCAAGAAGGUUGGUUUUUUCUCUGGCCGCAAGAGAGAGAGUAUUUUUAAAUCUCCAGACGACCCCAAAGGUAAAGUUGGUGUUACUGGAAGUGGCAAAGGAUUGACGGAGUUCCAGAAGAGGGAAAAACACUUACAUCUAAAGGGGGCAAUAGCCGAUACUGAAGAAUAGGCUGAUGUUAUACUUCUUUUUUUCCAAGUGCUGAUGGAUGAUUCUCCUCACCUGUAAAAAGGUGUUCGCAGCGCACAGUUUUCCAUUUGCAUAUGUAAUUUGUCAUGGAGACAACGUUCAGCAGUUUAUGCAUGUAUACUGCAGUUGGAUGCCACUGGUUUUACAGAAUGUCAAUCUGGCCAUCGCAGGAGCGUUCAUUUGACCUACCCCUACUUUCCUUUCAAUAGGACCUUUUGUACAUGACUCUUGAAUUUGCCUGUCUGAAUCGCCUGUUUGAAAUCA